GAACGUUAACAGUAAAAUUGUUGCAUGUGAGUCGUAAUUGCUGCUGCAAACGACUCACGUGCAAUAAUAAUCUCUUUAUGUUCCAAGCAGUACUUUGCACUAUUUUGAUGCGACCCCUGUUGCAUUCCCUGUGUUGAUGCCGGGUUAUUUCGCAUAUUCCUGGGUGUUUCGUACAGAUUCAUGGGGUGCAGUAUUUAGCGAUGUGUGUCAAUCGACGAAGCGACAGUUAUGAAACACAAGCGCUCUACCUUCUGUUUCUACGGAAUGAGGAGAUGAGGGAUUCUCAAUUAUGGACGCCUAACGAAGCGUCUAAAAGCAGUUGCGCUUGUCAGGAAUCUUCUUUACGACAGAAGUUUUAGGAGCUGAAGGCCUCAACUUGAAUUUCUCUUUCUCCUAACAUUCUGUUGAUGUUAUUCUGAACUCCAAUCUGAUCGCCUGUAAAACGAGUGAUUAUAUCCAUUCAAGCAACUUCGUCUUGCUGAGAGAAAUUUAGGUUUUGAAACAAAAUAUAAGAUUGAUUGGAGGUAGUUGAUAAUAGCCCUAGAUGGUAACGAAACCAUGAGAACGAAGGUAACGAUCAAUGGUACGACGGAUCAAACAGGUCGAUUGGGGAGAUGCACAGGCUGAAGAAUUAGCUGAGGCCAUUGACCUGAAUUGAUAGAAGCAACCCAGACUUCGGCGAAACACGAAAACCAGUGUUUCUUUUCCAUGCAGCACCCACAAAUCAUGGGCAUGAGACCCCAAAUUCCACAAAGAGUUACGGAGGAAAUAGCGAUGGACGUCGACACCCAGCAAUGGCGUGCCGUUCAAAGUCAUACUAGACAUACCAAGCGGGAGAAGAAAUCAUGGCUGUACAUUGACGUGAACGGUAACCAUCAGGAUUUAGAGGUCGGAAAACAAGCGAUUAUGAGGCGGGCCCACCUUCCAGCGCGCGACCUACGCUUGUUGGACCCACUGCUGUCCUAUCCUUCGUCAAUUCUGGGUCGAGAACAUGCCAUCGUUGUCAACCUUGAGCACAUUAAAAUGAUUAUAACUGCUCAAGAAGUGUUCCUCCUGGAUGCGCAGAACCCAAUUGUUGCCCCCUUCGUGCAAAACCUACGGCGCCGACUACCUGCCUCAAACUCCACCACCCAGAAUGUUCCGCCUGAUAGAUGCAAUCACGCCGGCUCUGGAUGCGAGGACCAUACUAAUGAUCGAGAACGCCGCGAAGGACGUCACUGCACGAACACACCCACUGAGCAGGCGCUGCCGUUUGAGUUUCAAGCGCUAGAAGUGUGUCUGGAAGCUGCAUGUCAACGUCUUGAUUCCGAGGCAGGUGAUUUGUCGAAAGCCGCGCACCACGCACUUGAUGCCCUGACCUCGCGAGUCAGCAUCAAGCACCUAGAGAAUGUUCGCCAAGUCAAGAAUAAGCUAGUACUUAUCACUGGCCGAGCGCAACGAGUGAGAGCCGAAAUUGAGCAGCUACUGGAUGACGAUGGAGACAUGACCGAAAUGUACUUGAGCACCAAGCUGGUUAAGCAGCAGCUGGAGGUAUCGAUGCGCUCGGAUACCACCGAACAAACACCUGCGAUCCAAUCGGCAGAUAGUGGAGUCCAUGGGCGAAACCACGGAGUCGUGCACUCCACCAGCGAAGGCAGUUGCCUCAUGGUCACUGUCGAGGACCCCAUAAAGUAUGUUCACGACUCGAACCUGAGGGAUCUGGUCCCGACAAGAUCCUCCUCCAGAACCAAGCGGCAUGCGGCGAAGGAUCACUCAAGCUCAUCGAGGUCCUCCCUCGCCAUUCCUUGCAUUGUUCUGCUCAACUCCAGACAACCCACUUCCCAUACUGGCAAGUAUCAUAAUCUUCAAAGCUGUGUCACUCGCAUGCUCAGGAACUCACGGAAGCUUCCGAAAACUUACUGGUUGAGAUGCUCCGAACCUGACCCUCAAAUAGUGAAUCGUGUGUGCAGAGAAGAGGAGCACCCCAAACAGAGAAACAGCCCCAGGAAUCAAUCACCGUUGCGUCGUUCCAACCUGCAUCACAACAUGGCAUCGUCAGCAAAACAAUUUCGGGAGCAUCUGAAACUGGGCCACGUUUCGUUCGACGCAGAACAAGUCCACAACAACACCUCUCUGCUAAGCAGCACCAGCAGCAUGUCUCGCACGAUGGGAUCGGCAAUCCACAGCAAACGACAACACGUGGAGGAACUGGAGAUGCUCUUGGAGGCAUAUUUUGUGCUCAUUGAUGGAAUAAUUCGCCGUGUUGCAUUGGUGCAGGAAUAUAUUGAUGACACCGAGGAUUUUGUGAAGAUCACGCUUGCCGAUCAUCAAAACACCUUAUUGAAAGUAAACAUUGUACUCAUCAUUUCCUGCCUGGGGAUAAGCAUGUUCAUUGCUGUCACAGGAAUCUUUGGUAUGAACAUAGAUAUACCUCUUUUCAACGUUCCUUCGUAUGGGUAUUUCUGGUCUGUGGUGGGCAUGUCCUCAGGAGCUACUGUGAUUCUGUCGGCAACGAUCAUUGGCUGGUGUAAAUAUACAGAUCUCAUUUGAGUACGAAGAAAGAAUGGAUUGUGAAUUCUUCAUAAUUGUUUAUCUUUUGUAGCGGUAAUAAUUGCGACGUCGUGAAAAGAAGUUAACGAAUUUUAUCUAAUGUGAACUUUACCAAAAGCUUUCGUAUUUC